AUGCGCGGCUCAUUACGACUACAGAAUGGCCUCCGUGCCAGCCGCCUGUGUGCGCGCAAUCCCAACACUCUAGCCACACACUUCUCUCUACGAUCAUCAGCUCCAGCCAGCUUCGCAUCGCAUACAGCAACAAACACACAACACUCCCGCAAUCCUAUCCCCGGCCCCUUUCGCAGAUCCUUCCACACCUCCUCCAGCCUCUCCAAGCGCCGAAGCCGCGGCGACGGCCCUCCCGAGUCUCCGCCGCCAACCAGCUUCAACGAGCUCGACGUGCUGGGCAGCGUGCCCGUGCCGUCGACGUCAGUGGAUGUGUGCAUGCACGACGGCUUCGGGCUGAACAGCGGCAUCACGAUCGAGGGGGGCGACGGGGCGCUGCUGGUCAGCGGAGAGGCGUUUGCGUGGCGGCCGUGGGAGGUGAAGGGGGAGAAGAAGUUGGUGAAUGACAAGGGACAGUUUGAGCUGCCGAGGGAGGCGUUUGGGUUGUUUGAUAUGCUGUGGCCUCGACCUGAUCUCCUGAUUAUCGGCGUAGGCAAACACAACUUGCCGUUGAGCCCACAGACACGACAGCACAUCUCGGCGCUGGGCAUGAGGGUCGAGAUGCUGGAUACGAGGAACGCGGCGGCGCAGUUCAAUCUGCUGGCGACGGAGAGAGGCGUGUCGGAGGUGGCGGCGGCUUUGAUACCCAUAGGCUGGGAGGAGGGGGUGGGUGUUACUCCUUGA